AUGCCCGCAUGUUUUGCCUUUUUCUUCCAAUCCCCGCUCAGUCUUCUGUUUGAAUUUGAAUCCUCCGCCCUCCUGACUUUCCGCAUUCUGCGAGAACCUCCUCGGCUGACUCUUUAUCUUUCUUCCUUGUGUUUUCAGUUCGACCCGGAUUUCCAAACGCCUCUAAUUUUAGGCGAGACGUUGGAUCUCUCGGACUCUGAGGAGACACAGUUCGUCGGUGCGUUUUCAGACGGCCUGUGGGCCAAGUCUGAGCCCUUUCUGUCUAUGUCUAAUUACCAGAAGCCCGCUGCUGGCGCCGUACUUGACUACGCUUCAACACGGUCUCUGCAUGAUGCUGGUUCAUAUUCGGCCUAUGGCCAGUCCCCAUACGUGACAGCUUCCCUUGUUCCCUCACCAAUGGGUGACCAGGCCAGCCAAGCUUCCGACUGUGUUCCUUAUCUACAGGGUAACGAAUAUGCCAGUUCGUACGACGAAGCUCCUUCUCCUAUAAUGGCUACAGGAUCUCGACCUCUGCCUGAGAUCAUUAGCUAUCGUCCUCAACGUGGCUCCGAGGGUACAAGGGUGACGGUUUAUAUCCAGUCGCCUUUUGAUUUGCACAGCUCCAAUUAUGGUAGUCUGUAUUUGAUUUUUGGCUCCAAGCGCUGCGAAUGUAUUCCCACAUUCUGCGGAUUCCAGGGCUCUGCUUUUCAGUACUGCCUCUCGCUUGUCCUGGAGACCCAGGGUGACUGCCAACCUACUACACUCCAAGUUGGUGUUUACACUUACGAGCAUGUUCCUCACGCUUCUCCCGUCGCGGAUUCUCGCAAGAGGAAGCUGUCAACCUACUCAGAUAACCCUAUCUCCGCGCCUGCCAAGCGACCAGCCCCUGGACCCGUUGUGAUGCCCAAGAUUGAGCCGCAAGAUAGCUACUCCUACCGCGAUAACCGCUCCGGAUCCUUCUCGCCCUAUCUGCAACCUCUGCCGGCUAUGUCUGGAUUCGUCACCCCAUUUCAUGCCGCCUCCUCUCCUCGCACCGCAUCUGGUUGCUACUCAGGCGUGUCUGUUGCUCCCCAGUCGGCGGCAAUCCGUGCUCCUUCUCCCCUGACACCUGGCUGGAGCCCCUCCUACUUGGCUGUCUCUGGUGAUGGUAGGGCUCCUGGCAUGUCCGUGGUCCACGGCAUGGCUCAGCACAGAGGACCUUCGCCUAUGCGCUCCUCCAACCCGACCCUUAUCCGUACCUCCACCCUACAGCAAGCCAACGGCCUCACUCAAAACCAGUCAUUCAAUCCUUACGCAAUCUACCCUACCAAGGCCAUUCUCAAGCUCAGUGGCGAUCUGGAUGGCAUGGCUGAGGGCUGGAGCAAAGAUGAGCAGGUUGUUCAGCGCCGUCUCGUGGAGUUUACCCGGACGCAGACUGGAAGCACGAUUCACGCUGAUUUCAAGCCUGUUGCUCCUGAGAAGCGCUCGCCAAACAGCAUUUGCAUCAGCUGCAUUAGCUGGGAUGGAAAGGAUGAGUGCUUCGUUACAAGCGUGGAUACUAUCUACUUGCUUGAGUCGCUCGUCGGGGUUCGUUUCACCGUUGAGGAGAAGAAUCGAAUUCGCCGAAAUCUGGAAGGCUUCCGCCCUCUUACAGUGUCCAAGGCCAAGCAAGACAGCGAAGAGUUCUUCAAGGUCAUCAUGGGCUUCCCUAACCCUAAGCCCCGCAACAUUGAGAAGGAUGUCAAGGUCUUCCCUUGGAAGAUUCUGAGCCACGCCCUGAAGAAGAUCAUCGGGAAAUACUCUGCUAGUUACUCUUCCACCGCCGGUGCUCUGCCUACACCGAUCACAAACUACGCCAGUCAUGGCACGGGUUCCGACUCGGGCACCGAACCUCACACCGCUGCUUCCCCCCAAUCAGUGUCUGAUUCUGGGCCGGCUCAUAAUUAUGCUCACACCAUGGGCGCCCCCGUCUACACACAAGCCGAUCAUCCGUCGCUGACAGCGGCUCCCGAUCUACGAUCGGUGAUGCCUGCUCACAGCCAGCCAUACAGUUCAGUGGGCGGAUACUCCUAUCCAGCGAUCUGUCAGCCGCAGCAUACCCACAGUCUAGUUGCUCCGACGCCCCGGUCGGCAUGGGACAUCCAUGGACUGGGCUCUGCUGCUCCUGCAAGCACUGCAGCGCCAUCCAAUGCAUGCUACAGCUACAUGGAUCCCGUGUACCCGCUGCAUGACUCGGCGCACGGACAAUAA